AUGCACUACCUCGGCCGAGGCACCGUGCAGGACAAGCAGAAGGGAAUCAAGAUCAUCCGAGAGAACGAAUCGGAUGAGUUCAAGCUCGGCGAGGACAAUUGUCUGGCAUCGAUUUGGAACAACAUCAAAUCCGACUCACCCGCAGCCUGCAAGUUCUUCGAGCUGUGCCAGCUGGGAUCGGACCGUGACUGGUUGUGCAGUCAUCUCAUGGCUGUGUGUCUGUACUAUGGAUUCGGAACCACCGAGGACAAGAAGAAGGCGGCCGGCAUAUUCGAGCAACUCGCCAACGAAGGCCACAGUGACAGCCAGUACUGGAUCGGAAAGUGCUACCACUGGGGCGAGGGAGUAUCGAAGGACUACGGGAAGGCAUUCGAGUGGCUCAGCAAAUCGGCCGACCAAGGCAACUCAUAUGGGCAGUGGAGGAUUGGUUAUUGUUACGACAGUGGAAUUGGAGUCACCGAGGAUAAAGCCCAAGCAGCCGAGUGGUAUCGCAAGUCGGCCGAGCAGGGCAAUCAAUACGGACAGAACAACCUCGGAGUCUGCUACAGGAAUGGCUGGGGUGUCCCCAAGAACAUCGACACUGCCGUUUUCUGGUUCCGCAAGUCCGCCGACCAGGAUUGCCAAGUUGCCGUCGACAAACUCAGGGAUCUCGGCAAGUGGCCCUGA